UCGGCAGCACCUUACGAUGGCCCUAGUUAUCGUUCUAGCGUGAUGGAAGGUGACAAACCAAUAUUAAGGAUGGCGGAAGAACCCCCAGAAGACCCUACUACAGUUUCAGAAAGUACUAUAAAACCAGCCAAAGCAAGAUCAUCAGCGGAUUCUUAUGAGAAAAUGUUAAAGGACAUGAGUCUUCUCAUCGACUGGCUGGUGGAAGACUUUGGAUAUGACGUGGUACCAGAAGUGCAUAGACGAACCGACACGAAGAAGAAGAUAGAGAAGAAAGCCUUGAGAACUUCUAAUACUAAUUUUCCUUUUUUAGAGAAACGCCUGAAGAAAGGAUCUGAGAAACAUAAACGGGUCCAUAGCCUACGGACAAAACCCGAAAAUGAUAAGAGAAUGUCACAAGAUCCAACUUGGAUGUCAGACCUCAAGGCGUUUAUCAAGGAUCUCGUCUCUCGUUUGGGCAAGAAGACUUAG